CGUUGAGUGAGGUCCUCUGUCCCAUCGUCUCUUAUAACAGGAAGAUUGAAGUCGAAGGCGGGUGGCCAAAAUGCCAUAAGAGAUGGCGGACGGUGGGAGGAAGCUUGUGACUCUCGAUGACCUCAUCGAUGCCUUGGACAAGCGCGAGAGGGCGCCGAGCAACGUCCCAAAGGUUGAGACAUUCCACUUCAAAGGGGMUCGGGUAUCUGAUUGGUUGGAUCUGACGGAGCAGGCGCUAGUGGGACUGUCAGAUGAGGUCAAGCUCCAGCGGGUCCUGAGGUAUGUCCUGCAUAGUCACCAUCAGGAAGUAACUAAGGUUGUGGACGCCGCCGGUGGCAGUUGGGCAAAGUUUGGAGACCUAAUGCGAAGGAAGUAUAGGCUGGGGGACGACCUGUUGACCAUGGCUGACUUGGAGGCCAUGAACAAGGAAAACUUCUCUACCAUUGGGGCGUUCGUGCACGAGUUCAAGAAAAAGGCGAGGAAAGUGCACGGGAUUUCUGAGGAGGCGCAGUGCGCCAUAUUUUUUGGGCUGCUCACAGGCUCGGAGGCCACAGAGCUGACGAAGUAUGGGGAAGGAAGCGAGAGGCUCACCUGGGCAACCAUUGACAAGGGAGUGGAAGAAGGGAGCCUGGACCAGGUGGAGCAGCACCAAAUGAGGCUGCAAAGGCGCAAGAGGAAGGAGAGGGAUGCUACUGCAUCUGGAACCCCAGAGGCAAACAAAAUCGUCACAGAUGUGUUGGCGGCACUGGGGUAUGACAACGAAGCAGAACUACAGAAAAGAGUGGUGGCAGUGGCCCAAGGCAGGGCGUCAGGAGUAGGAGAUGAGGAGGCAGGGCGCGAAGACUACGACGGAGGGGAGACGGGCUCCCAAGCCCUAACUAAGGCCCAGAGGAAGCAGCGUAAUCUGCUACUGGGGGGACAGGGAUCAGGGAAAGGGCAGGCUCCCCAAGCCCUUGCCGCACCACCACCUGAAGCCCUUAGGCGAGCAGCGGCAGGACCUCCAGCGGCCCCAGCAAUGUUCAGGAUAUGGCAGGAAAGGCAAGAUCCGGGUGUAAAAGUCGAGGAGAUUGUGGAUGAAAAUGAGGAAGUGACUCAGCGGCUGAAGGCGGGGACUAUAAAGGAGGAGCCCAUAGUUGUUGAGUCCGACGAUGAGGCACAGGAGGUGGUGAGAGAGUCAGCCUCGACCAUCCUGGAGAGGAUGGAGGACCUGGUUGCAAAGGUCGGCAGGAAAGAAGUGGUAGAGGUUCAAGAAGAGGAAGAUGAGGGUGAUGACGAAGAGGACGAGAGGCUCAGGCAGGAGGAGGACCGGAGAGCGGAACAGAGGGCCAAGAAGAGAGGGGCUCAGGGAGGGGCAGAGCCGAGCCUGCAUGAUGGCGUGCCGAAGAGGAAAAAAUACGCGGUCCGGCUGGAGGAAGGCUUUGACGUGGAGCGGAUGGUAGAUAAGCUCCUGGAGGGCCAUAACAAUUUGAUGAAUUUAAAGGACAUUUUGGCCUUGUCACCAAGGCUCCGUGGCGAGCUGAAGGGGCGGCUCUCGCGAAGGUUAGUGCCCAAUGUCCACCUGAGCUCAAUUCUGCCCAGGGAGAUAGAGUGGACAGAGGCAGGCACCAGGAUGGACUGGAAAUGUGUGGCGUGUGGGUUGGUGGACUUGAAGGUGAGGGACCAACCGAGCAUUGCAAUGGUGGACACGGGCGCAAAGAUGAAUAUCAUCCGGGAGCGGGACGCGACUAUGUUAGCGUUGGAAGUUGACCAUUUGGACCAUGGCGUGCUGCAUAGCGCCAACUGCAAGACCAUAUUCUGUGGCACCGCGUCUAAUGUGAUGGUGGAGAUCGGGAGGGUAAGGGCGCGAACGUGCUUCUUCGUCAUGCCCAAUGUCGACCACCCUAUCCUUCUAGGGAGCUCGUUCCUCUGCCGAACGGAGACCUUGGUCUUCAACAGGCAUGAGGGCACGAUGAUCCUGGCCCUAUCCGAUCCGGCCUGCGGGAAUUACAAAAUUAUUAAGUGCCGGAAAACAGGGCCCGGAAGUGCGAGGAACAGGCUCAACCUCGGCUCCUUUACCUUCGAGGAGUCUGAGUACGCGCGACGGAGACUCCGCGAGGAGCAGGAGGAGGAAGGAGCAGGCGAGGUGUUGUCCCUGAGCCUUAACGAUGUGAAUAAGGCAAUGGAGGUGGUGGCGGAUUUGCAACGAUUGAAUGCAGUGACGGUGCGGGACGCGGGAGGAUUGCCAAACGCGGACGCCCUGUCGGAGUCAUGCGCAGGGAGGCCUAUAAUUUCGCUUAUAGAUUCUGGGUACGACCAAUUUCCUGUGUACCCGCUGGAUAGGCCGGUGACGGCGAUGCAUACGCCAAGGGGGCUGAUCCACAUGAACGUGGCCCCUCAGGGGUGGACUAAUGCGGUGGCAAUGGUGCAAAGGCACAUGAUUAGGGCCAUGCAGAUGGUCAGUCCACAUAUUACCCAGCCCUAUAUUGACGAUUUGACAGUCAAGGGCCCAAAGGAGAGAGAAGAGGACGAAGUGAUGCCAGGAGUGAGGCGGUUUGUCUGGAAGUACAUCCAGGACAUUGAUCAGGUUAUGGGUCUGCUGGAAGAACACAACCUGACGGCGAGCGGCCCCAAGUCGAAGCAUUGUAUGAGGGAGGCCACGAUUCUGGGUUUUGUCUGCAAUGAGAAGGGGCGGAGGCCAGAUGUGAAGAAAACGGACAAGAUCCUAGAGUGGUCAGUCCCCUUUCAGUCGAUAACGGGCGUGAGAAGCUUCCUUGGGACCUGCGGGUUCUGGAGGAGUUUUGUGAAGGACUUCGCCACCAAGACGGAGCAUUUGAGGAAGCUGGUGCAUCAGGAUCAGAAGUGGGUCUGGGGCGAAAACCUGGAAAAGGCUGUGGAAGGGAUGAAGAGAGAAUUUAAGGAAGGGGGCUUAGUGUUGGGAGCGCCAAAUUAUGAGGCCACGGAGGAAAAGCCAUUCAUUGUCGAAACGAACGCCGGGCCAACUGCCUUAGGAGGGGUCCUGAUUCAGGCGGAUGCGGAUGGGAAGGAGAGGCCGUUAAGGUUUGAAAGUCGUAUCCUGAAUAUGACUGAGAGGAAUUACUCCCAGUUUAAGAAGGAGACGUUGGCGGUGCUCCAUUGCCUAAGGACCUUUCGGAACUAUAUCUUUGGCAGGAGGCUCAUUUUGAGGGUGGACCCUACUGCGCUUGCGUGUUCUCUGAAAAGUUAUACUCCAUCUGACCCAACCAUCGCGAGGUGGUUGACUUACAUUUGGAUGUUUAACUUCGAGUUGGAAAGGAUUCCCGGGGACAAAAACAGGGCAAAUGGAUUGAGCCGUAUCAACUGGGACGGGGCGAAUCAAGAAUCAAUUGAGGAUACCCCACCAGUCGAUGGGUUCUUGGACCAGGAGAAGGACGUCCGCCUCCACAUAAAUGAAUGGUUGCUGAGGGUGCCUAGCUGCGUUACACAUCCUAUAUGGCUAGCACCAAGGGGGUACGAGCAGAAAGAGGAGUUGGUCCUCAAGCCCUUUCAGGAAGAGGAUCCGUGGGGGAAUAGGGAUGUUGGCUGGAUGAUGAGGUUGGCAUUGGCAGGGACACAUAGUCUAGCGGAGGAGGUAAGGACAAUAGAGGAAGACCCGACCCAGGUAGAGGAGCAUGAGCAACUAAUGGGAGGAAUGUACCUGCUCACCAACACGCUCCUACAAGGGAACUUUGACCAGAGGAGCGUGAUUGGUUCCGAAGAAGGCAAAUUUCUUAUUCCUGAGAGUCAGGACGACGAGUUCGAAGAGGGAGAGAUCAGAAAGGCCAUCCGUGCUGAGGAGUAUGACGGGAUCUAUCGGGAAUUGGGGUUACUCCUGUCGUGCGAGAUAAGGGAUAGGGACGCAAGUGCUAAAGCCCAGAAGAUGGGACAUCUCUACGUAGUAAGAGAUGGCCAUCGGUUUAUAAAGCGACAGGUUGGGAACCCCAAGAGGAUCGUAUGUGGAAGGAACCGACAGAUUGAUGUCAUAGCAGCCUUAUACGAUGGUAUAGCAGGGGGGCACAAAGGAGUUAGCACCACCUGCGUAAAGAUAAGCGAGUUAUACCAUUGGGAUGGAAUGCUGACUAUGGUCAUUAAGUACUGCCAGUCCUGUGUACCUUGCCAGCAGAGGUCGGUGCAAAGGCCGGGGGAGCCUCUGCACCCCAGACUGGAGAGGGAAGUGGGUGCAGUCGUACACCUGGACCUGUUGUUCAUGCCACUCGGGGAGGACGGAAGUAAUUAUAUCUUCGACGCACGGGACAACCUUACCGGAUUCGUGGACGGUCGGGCUAUUCGUACGAAAACUGGCCCAGUUUUAGCAAGGUGCAUUGAAGAGUACUAUUUACGCUAUCCAUUUGUCCGAGAGUUUGUGAUGGACCGGGGGUCGGAGUUCACUUGUAACGAGAGGUUGAGAGCUUCCCCUAGGGGGCGUGAUGGCAUGCCCAUUCAAUUGGAGGAGGGGAACGCAAAUGAGUUCAUCCCCGCAUAUGAGCACUACAUACUGAGUCUGGGGUUUGCGCAGGAGGAAUGGGUGCAGGCCCUACUUAUCUGGACGAGGCAGGCAGAGAGGCAGGUGGCCAAACAAAUUCGGGAGAGGGCUCGAGACUGGGAGGACUGUCAGGCCCAGCUCAGGAGGGCGUUCGGACGGCCACAGCACGAGAGGCACGAGCCCAGGGUUGAGAGGCGACAGCGAAGCAAGAGACCGAGGGAACCGGCAUCGAGAGAGGUGGGGCUGGCCAGAGAGAGGAAAAGAGCCCCAGCACGGCAGGAGGAUGAGCCCGCAGGGCCCGUAUUGGCAGAGGAGUCAUUCCCUGCAUGUGGCCUCCGGGCAGUCGAGUUCCGACGGGUUACGAGUGAGGAGUUGAGGUCGCCCUCACCAUUGCCAUCAGCGCAGGAGCUGGACAUACCGAGAGAGACGCCAUUCCGGAGUCUAGCGACUCGUCUCGAUGUAUCUCAAUGGGAGGCCGCACGAUUGGGGGAGGGCUCAGUUGAGCCGGCAUGCUACGUGUCGUUGGAGGAGUCUUUGGACCCCGAGACAGAGACGGACCGGCGAGGCCGAGAGGGGCCGCCGGAUCCUGAGAUGGCAGCCAGACGGCCGGAUCCGGAGCCAGAGGCGGAGGAUCAGGGAGUAUGUGAAAGAGCGAGGGUGGAGACGCCCCUUGACUUGCCAUCGGCCACGCACGUGACCAAGAGCCCAGUUAUCGAGGAGUCCGUUUCAGCGGCACUACCGCCAGUAGUGCCAUGCGCGAGCGAAGGGAUGGGGGCUGAGGCGACGGCUCCAGAGGGCCAGGGGCCGCGAGUGAGAGAGACCCCAAGGGAGACCCGCGAGGAGAGAUCCGCCCGAGUGCAAGUCCGUCUGGAUGAAAUACAUACGAGGCAGGCUGAGAUGGAGGCAGUGGGAAUAAAGUCGACACCGCCGGUCGAGCCCAAGACGAGCGAGCAGAGGAUUGACGAGUUGUGGGCUAGGUAUGAGAGCCAGAGGGAUGCAGCCCGCCAGAGGUCCCGAGAGGCAGGACGGGCGGACGAGGAGACGAGUGAGUUGAGAGAGAUGGGGGACUUGGGGUUCUCCGCGACCAGGAAGUCGAUUGAGCGCAUGGAUCGGAGGGUAUGCGAGACGGCAGUCACAUCUUUCCAGUGGUAUAAUCUACUCAGCAAUGAGCUCAGGGUUAAGGAGUUGGAGGUGGAGCACCUGACUACUCAGCUUACUGAGGAGAGGGCAAGGAGCCAGGCUAAAGAGGUUGAGUGGGAGAGGAGAUUUGGGGAGAUGGUUGCCGCUGUGGAUAGGCUCUCGGCAGCCUGGGAGGCUAGCCAGAUGGGGCGAGCCGGUGCCGAUGGCCAGGGCCAAGGGGUGCAGGCUUCGCCGAGUCAGGGAGCAGCGGUGGAGGUCCCUUGACAAGCCAAGCCAAUGGAGGAGGUGCCCUUGGACGCAACCGAAGGGGAGGGUGGCGAACAGGAGUCGCUUAUGGUUAUGUCCACGGAGA